AUGAACAGCAAUCAGAAUGCGUGGGAGGAUCUUCGCAGCGAGGCGCGACAGAUCGAUAAGGUCCUCGAUCAACAAUUGCAAGCUCUUGAAUCCCUUACUGAACUUGUAAAGGACAAUACCCAGAUUGCUGAUUUGCCCUCGUCAGGAAAGAUCGAGUCUGGCGAAUUUUCUCACAAGCCUCAGGGUAUCUCGACGCGUCAGGAAGGGAAACUUAGGGACCCCAUACUUAAUCUCGCAAUCAACACGAGACCCACCGUAGGUCAACUUCAACAGCGCUUUAACGAGCUAUCCAACGAGGUCGAGAAUGGACUCCAUCACCUGGAGCGGAUUCUAAUGAUGAUGGAAGGAAAAAGCUCCGGGAACCUACACUUUUCCAAGCACACCGAACGCUUCCAAAGCAUGUUGAAUGAGAAACGUCGGUCCUUACAACACCUCAUUAACGAUUUCAGGCGGCGCAAAGAGCGACAGGAGUUGCUUUCCGGCCUGACUGAACGAACCGCUCCGUACGAAGAGGAGUCCGGCAUACAGCUUUUGAUAAAGGAGCAGAGUGCGAUUCGGCACACCGCCGCGCAUGUGGAUGAGAUUGUAUCCCAAACGGCCGCCACGCAAAUUCGUCUGCACGCACAGCGAGAAACUUUUGUUAAUAUUGGGGGAAAACUCUUGCAGAUCGCGGAGCGUGUGCCGAUUAUUAAGAGCCUUCUCUCCCGUAUUAAUUCUCGAAGGAGGCGCGAGGUGGUGGUGUUAAGUAGCCUCAUCACUUUUUUGUUUAUUAUUGUUCUUUUCCUAUAA